AUGAAGAUAAUAUGGGAAAGCGAGCAUUGGCCUGGUGCCAAAAUAGAGCCAUCUAUUACAUAUUUAUCUUGGAUUCCUCAAGUUGAUCAACCUGAACAUGGAUUACUUGGAGUUGGAAGUGAUUCUGGAUCUGUUGGAAUUACUUUAACUGAUUUUAAAGAAACACCUGAUGAUAAUUCAAGAUAUAAUUUCAAUUUACGAGGACAUCAUACUGGUUUGUUUUAUAUUCAUUUUUAACUAAACCAAUUAUCCUCAUUUAUUUUUUUUAGCAAUUCGUAUGGUAACAUGGAACAAGAGUCAAUCAAAAUUAGCAUCUUGUGAUGCAUCUGGAAUAAUUUAUGUUUGGGUUCGAAAUGAUGAUCGUUGGUCAGUUGAACUUGUAAAUGAUCGAGGUGUUAAAGUGAAUGAUCUAAGUUGGAGUCCUUGUGGAUCAUCAGCUCUUAUUUGCUAUGAAGAUAAUUUUGUAUUAAUUGGAAGUGCUUCUGGUCAACGAGUUUGGAGUAAUUCAUUUCCAACAGGUCCUGCAACUACAGUAACCUGUGGAGUUUGGGCUCCUGAUUCGAAAAUGCUUGUUCUCGGAUUUUCUUCAGGAUCAUUUCAAGUUCUAUCAAAUUUAGGUGCUAAUAUUACUGAAAGAAGUUUCACAAAUGAUCGUUUACAACAAAUGGCAUUUUCACCUUUGCGCGGAGAAAUUGAACAAGAAGAAUGGACUUUGGCUAUGUUAACAACUACAAAUAAAAUAAUAAUGAUAAAUGCAUAUGACCAAUUAUCACCAUCAAUUUAUCGAUCUAAUUAUAAUAUUAUUCAUAUGCAAUGGAAUUCUCACGGAACAAUUCUUGCAUUGAUUAAUUCUAAUCAUGAAUUAAUUAUGUUGGAUACAACUGCAAAAAUAAUACACAAAGAAAAAAUAUCAAUUGCAAAUUCGGAAAAACCAUUGACAGCUUUCACAUGGGCUCAUGAUGGAAAAUGUGUUAUUGUUGCUGCUGGUGGACAUUUAGCUAUUGGUAAAAUAUUAUUUGGAGUUCCAAGUCUUUUUGAUAUUGUUGCAUAUAAUGUUUGGAAAGCAAUGGGAAGCAGUGCUAAAAAUGUCAACAAAUUACCAAUUCCAACAAAAGAAAUGGACUCAUUAAAAUUAUUGGAUCAUCAUAUUAUAAGAGUAAGUUUGUUUGUUUAUUUAUUUGUUGCUGCUUAACUAAACUAAUAAUUGACUCAUACUUUUUUUCAUAUUUGAAAAUCAUGUUCUCCCCGGAAAAAAAGAACAUUUAGUCACUUAUCUUAAGAGUGACAAUAAAUAGACACAAUUACGUCAUCAGCACAAAAUAACAAAAUUCUUGGUAAAAAUUGUUUUCUUUUUACAGUGUCGAAUUCCGAAACUCAAUAAUUUAUGUAAUUUUGUAUGUAGUGUAAUUGAAGCUCGAUGUUAUUGUACAAUAAGACCAGUUGCAAGAGGAAGUCAUACUUAUAUGUUAUGUAUUGAACAUCUUGGAGGACUUGUUCCAUUAUUAAUUGGUAGACAAGUUAAUCGAUUUCUUCCACAAUUUCAAAUAUUUUUAUAUCAAUCGAAUAAUUCAAAUACUUCAAUAUCAACACCCGGUUCUUCUGCUCAAGUUGGUAUGUUUUUUUGUUGUUUUUCCUUUUUCCCAAUUUUUCCUAUUUUUAUCAUCUAAUCCUUUUGGAUUAUCCUUUUUUCAGAGGAUGUAAAUUCAAUGAUUCGUAAUUCAAAUUCACGAAAUUCUUUAUGGCGACGAAGUAAACGACAAAUCCGCGCUCUAAUGUCAAGGUUCGUUGUUUUCAUAUAUUUUUGGUUGUUCCAAAUCAAAUCUUAUCAAAUCACAUGUCUUUUUAAAAAUAAAUUAAAACCGGUUAUUUCAGACAUGUUCGACCACAACGAACUGAUAGUCGAUUGGUGCAAGUAUCAUCGAAUGUUUGGUGCACGAGAUUUAAUAUCACUUCAAUGAGUCACACAAAUUUGCCGCAAUUCUUAGGACAGGUGAAUAUUAUUUGCACCUGAUUGGGAUUAAAAAUAGGAAUAAAAAUAGAAAAGGGAAAACAUAUUAUUAUAAUAAUAGUAAUUAUGAAUAAGCGCCUAGGCUUAUUGAAUUAGUGGCUCUAUUGAGAGAAAAAAAAGAAAAAGCGAUCAAAAAACUUAUUUAAUUUUAGGUUAUUUAUAAAACCUCAGUUUUGCAUUUGCAACCACGACAAAUGACUAUUGAUUUGUCGGUUUUGGAUGAUAAUUCAACAACAAAUUCAACUACAAAUGUUUCAAAACAAACUGAAACAACACCAAUAACAUCUUCUCAACCAACAACAUCAAAACAACAAUCAAAUGAUCAAGGAUUGACUGAAGAAGAACGACUAUUUUUUGAAAAAGUAGUCACUGAAUGUUUAUCAUUGAGAGCUGCUAUGGAUGCGACUGUUUAUAAAGAAACAACACAUCAGGAAACAUGCCAGGUAUUUUUUAUUCGAAAUAUGAAGAAAGAAAAACAAUGAAAUAUUUAGCCAUCAACUUCAAGACAAACAGAAUCGGCUCCAGUGACACCAUCGAAAAAUGCGACACCUGUUAGUGUUCGAACAACUGAUUCAAGAUUGGAAGUGACAAGUAUGGCAAGUUCUGUUAGCACCUGGCAUGAUGAAAUUGAGACACUUGAAUUUAUUGGUAAGAUUUUGAUUUGAAAAAACUUUCAGUUUGGUAUGAAUUUGUAUGAGAUUGAAUAAGUUAUUUGGUCUUGUUUCAAUUUUCUUCAACUUUUAUUUUUGAAGUUUUUCCAAAAAACGCCACAAAUUUUUUUUGAAGUCCAUAUUUUCAAAAUCCUCGUGGAUAAAUUCAAAUGUAUUAUAUCAGAGUAUAGUUUUUCUAGCAUAAACCUAAUUUUAGCAAAUUUUUUGUAUUCCACGAUUUCUCUAAAUUUCUGAAUUCCAAAAACUCGAGUUCUAUAAUUAAAAAAAAUUUUCAAAACAUUAUCAACAAUUCAGCUUAUUUUUUUUCAAAUUCUAAAUCUUUUUCAUUUUCAGAUGGCGAUGAAGAUAAAGGUGCUUCAUCAUCUUCAGCUUCAAAAGGUGGUUGGCCGAUUGAAGGAGCAAGUAAAAAAGAUACUGAUGCAAUAAGAGUUCAUGUCGAUAAAUUAGCUUCAAUCGCAGCCCAAUUAUCAAAAAGACAUGUCGAUUUCAAUGCGGUAAGUGGAUCAAUUUACAAGAAGAGAAAAAUACUAUUUUUAAACUUGCUUGUUAAAAUAAUUGCUAUUUAUUUACAGAAACGAGAUAAAGCAUCUAUAAAUAAAAUGCGAUCGCAAAUGAAAGAAUUAUUGAGAAGAGUGAAUGAAAUUGAGAAAAAAGUUGGAUCGGGAGAUGUGAAAAUUGAAGUUCGACAACUUUUGAAAACUUUGGAGGAAAUGAAAAAAGCAUUAGGAGAAUCUUCGAAUAAAACAAAUAAUUCGGCAACAAAUAGUAACAAUAAAAGAACUGUUACAAUGCAUAAUAAAACACCAUUUUGGAAUGAACAUAAUCAAGUUUAUCAAUUGGAUUUUGGUGGAAGAGUUACUCAAGAAUCUGCCAAAAACUUUCAGGUAUCAGUUUUUAUUCUGCGGAAUUUUUAUACUUUUUCUGAAUUUUUUGAAUGGAAAAAAAUGUUUUUAAUUAUAUUUCAAAAUUUGUAUUCCGAAUUUUUAAAAUAAAAAUUUAAUUGCUUGGUGUUUCAGAAAUUCUCGAAAUUUUCUAUUGAGUCAAAACAUCCCAUAAGUUUUUCCACAACAUUCAAAUAAAUAAUUUCAGAUCGAAAUGGAUGGAAAACAAGUGUUACAGUUCGGACGAAUUGAAGGUGGUGCUUAUACUCUUGAUUUUCGUCAUCCAUUCAGUGCUUCACAAGCAUUUGCAGUUGCUCUUGCAAGUAUAACACAAAGAUUGAAAUAA